AUCAGUAGUGGGUGUGAACUUCCUGGUUGUGUGUGUAAACAGUUCCGUUAUCGUGAAGAAGCUCAGCUCCGGUACCGGACCUCAGCGGCUCCUGUCCCCGGUGUGAACAUGACCUGUCCGCUCCUCCCGGUGCUCCUCCCGGUUCUCCUCCCGGUGCUCCUCCCGGUGCUCCUCCCGACCUGCUGCCUGGUGUUUGCCGGGGAUGUGAGCGGAGGCUCCGGCGGCAGCACCGCGGCUCCCCGGCCCUCCGGCUCUAACUCCAGCCGGCCCAACUCCACCCUGAGCGGGCAUCCGCUCAGCGGCUUCUCCGUCGACAGCUCCAUGAUCCAAAGGAGCUUCUACGUCCUCAUCGGGGUCUCCGUCAUCGGGCUGCUCUACUUCCUGGUCCGAGCCGUGAGGCUGAAGAGACCCGGCCAGAGGAAGAAAUACGGUUUGUUGCUGAACGACGCGGUGGAGAUGGAGGAGGUGGAGACGGACGAGGACGACACACUGUUCGAGGCUCGCAGCCUCCGCAGAUGAGUCCAGAAGAAGACGUGGAUCGGGAUCAGGGGAGACAGGACUGAUGGACCAAGCUUUAUUAUUAUUCGUAUUAAUAUCACCAUGAAUGCAGAUUAAUGCCAAAGCUACAGCUGCUCCGGGAGCCGAGCAGGAUAAUCAAUAUUUUUUUACGUGGCGUCGGAUGAUGUGAUCCGGGUUGCCAUGACGACACACUGAGCUUCUAACCUGUGACGGACAUGUUGGAGGCGUGGUCAGACUGAGGAGGCGUGGAGCUCCGCCCCCAAGGACUACACAACCACACACAGAAACAAAAACACCCCCUUCAUGUUUUUCUGUUCAUUCAAAUAAAAGUCUGAAGGUUUUUCUCGUUCGUGUUUGAACAGUUCAACAGGCUCGUGCAUAAAUGAUCAGAAGUCACAUGACCUUCGCUUGGUGCUGAAGGACAGCAGAUGAAAUGUUCAGUGGACCAAUGAGGAGAGGGUUCCUUCACCUUUCAUCACAGUGUUUUACUUUAAUCUUUGAUUUGGUCAGUGAUCAUCUCUUCUUCUGCAGUGGUGAAUCAGCACCGAAGGUAACAGCAGCGCCACCUACUGGUUAUCUCCAGCUCCUGAUGUUCACAGGACGCAAGCUAUUUGAUUUUGAACUUUUUCUAAAAUCUCAGUUACAAUCUCUUUCUGAAUAAAAUCAAUAAAAAUUGAUUAAAAUCAUCAAACAAA